UUUCCUUCCAGAAUCCUCUCCUGGUCGUCUGUCCAGCAGCGCCGGGGGUCAUGCGGGCGUCGCUUGGCGAAGUCGGUGAUCUCAGGGCCCCAACAGAAAGCCUAGUGUGAUAUCGCUGGCAACGGGCGGGCUCCGCAGGAGCAGGACAUGCAUGAGACAACGAGGAGGGGGAGGAGGAGCCUGCGGGAACGGGCGGCGAGAGCAAGGACGCCUGGCUGCAUGCAUCGGCAAGCCCUCCGGGUCAAGAAGGGAACGGCCCCCAGCCGCCUGGGCCACCAGAGGGUGUACCUGAAGGGUUGUGUCUGCGCGUGUCUCUCCCUCCUGGGUACCUCCGGCCCGCUGCUCGGCCAGGCCGUCCCCUGCCAGGCUUGCCGUCGACGACGUGCCGCGCCCGUGCAGCUCUCCCCCCCGCCCUUGGCGGAGGCGGGGGGCGCGGCCGGCACAGGAGGCGCGUGUCUGCCAGAGCCCGACUUCAUGCUAGAGCCUGCUGGAGCGAUGCCACAGACCUCCACCGCAGGCCGCACACCGAGGAAAGACCGCGGAGACGCGCGCUCGCUGUGCGGACGGACGGCGCCGCCUGCGCGACGAGGGAAUUCGCGCAGCUGGCGCAAGUGCCGGAGCAGGCAGGCACUGACCAACAUUGAGCAGGCCCGCGGCAGGUGGCGACCCCGCACCGCAGCCAGCCGGCUGGAAUACAACCAACCCGAAGGAACUCAUGGACGCGGCGGCGCUGAAGGCGCCGACCGACGGCCUUCGCUCCGUGGCGCCCCUGCCGCCGCUCGACGGCAAAAAAAAACGAGGCGGGUGAGGGAGCGGCUGCACGGGGCCGAACUUGUGGUGCAGGCCGUGAGCUUCGAGUCGGAGAUGCUCUAGGCGUGGGCGGAAGGCGUGUUCUAGGCCCGACUUAAUUCUACGCAGACCUUCUCCGAUCCAGCCUGUCGCAGAGGGCUCAGGUCAAGGCCACGGUGCCCACGCCUCAGCGGUGGCAACGGGUGGAGUCGACACUGCGCCCUCUGGUGCUGGAAGCCGCUCCUGGACGACUCCGCGGCGCCGCCUUCGCGCACCGGCUGCCAGGCAUCGCGUGCGAGAUCCCCAUGGUGCUGUUCGCGAUCCUGAAGUCGGGCGUUGGCAGAACUGGGUCUAGUGGAACCUGGCUUAGUGAUCUGUACCGGAGGCGCCCCCCCGUCCCGUCUCCACUCACAGGAACUGCCGUCACCCGAAGAAACACACCAGCUAUGGCAAACCUGGUUUAGUGAUCCUGGCCAAUGCAAAGGCUCCGGGGCCCUACCACUAACCGGGUCCCCUUACCUGGGGUCCUGGCCAUACCCGAUAAAGGAUUUCGCGCCGGGGGGGCACCGAGGAUAAGAACAGCAUGCCUACGGCAGGUUCGUGUCGUGCCGACCCCAGCCUUGGUUUUUGACACCGCAGAGAUCGUUCAACCUUGAACGAUCGGCCGUCUCCGCAACGUCCAAUCGUUCCACAUCGAUCGAUUCUGGGUCGCCGGCGGCGUUCAACCUUGAACGCCCGCGCUGGGGUCGCCGCUGGUCGACACGACGCAAACCUACCGUAAUCAGAUCCAACGUCUGGUUCUGGGCGGGGGCGGCACGCUCCACGAGUGCAGCCUCAGGGUGCGGUCUUGGAGGCAGAACUGCGCACGGGCCUCGCCCCUCGGCUUAGCCCUGGCAGACCUGCAGGUCCGGUACGCUAUGCUCAAGAGCACGACGGAGAAACUCCUCUGAACCCGCUCCGAUCUGCUGCUCCGCCUGGAUAUGCUUCAGGCCAGCCUCAACCGGCCCUGCACUUCGUGGGCCCCGGAAACGGCAGGGCCGUUUUUUCACCGUGUCCCGGCAAAACGGAACCGCUAAAAAAAACGGCCCUGUCGUCUCCAGGGCCCAGUAAGGCCCUGCAGCCCUACAGUCGAAAGAGUGUCGGAAGAGUGUCGAAACAGUGUCGGACGAGUGUCCCCCAGGGCCCGACACGUGAAAAGCCCCGCGUUUCGGUACUUUGUUUGGUGCUCGAGAUUCUUU